AUGGGUAAAGGCGAGGAACUGAAAAGGGAAUAUCCCUUGCACUGGGCAGUGUUUAGAAGAGAUUAUGAGGAACUUCUUGAAUUUUUAGAAGAUGCUUCAACUGCCGACAUCAAUAAAGUUGACGUUAGAGGGAGGACGCCUUUGAUGUUAGCCGUGACCCUAGGCCAUUCGGAAUGCGCCAAAGCACUUUUAGAAAAAGGAGCUGAUGCUACUGUGCAGAAUGCGGAUAUGUGGUCUCUCAGCCAUGAAGCGAUUUGUUCUGGAGAUGCUGAUCUCUUAAAACUAAUUUUACAGUACCGAGACUUUCAAAGGGCAGUAAAUUUAAAUCGAGCCAUGGAACGGUUGCUGAAGUUGCUUAAGGAAACAAACGAUUUUUAUGCAGAAAUGAGCUGGGAGUUUUCAAGCUGGCUACCAUUUGUUAGCAAAAUGUGUCCGUCAGAUACGUAUAAAAUCUACAAACGUGGUUCAGAUGUGAGGAUUGACACGACCUUAGUUGGUUUUGACUCAGCGUCUACUUGGAAACGUGGUAAUCAAUCAUUUAUUUUUCGCUUUACCGCUGAUAAUCACAUUCAGUUCAGUGUGGUCGACCACGAUUUACAGACGGUCAGUACGAGGGUUGUGAGUUCUGGUACCGAAGAAAAGUUAGAAGACUUUGAACCGAGAGAGGAUGCUGUUUAUUCGAGAAUGACUUCUCCAGUUGAAACUACUUUUGUCGAUAUUGAAAAAAUAGGUUUUGAAAGGUCAAAAGCUGGAGGUCUUCGUGCAUGGUUUUCGCCCUGUGAUGGUCAUGACGAAGUUAAUGGUUAUCAGUGUAAGGUAGUGUUUACUGCUAGUAACGUAGAAAUUAUAACGAAAAGAAGAGUUGAACAUUUACUCGAGGAAGAUAAAGAACGAUGUAAACAGGAGGAGAACAACGAUUCGUUGAGCAAAGUACUAAGGCUUGUAGAAAAAACGGAAGAGUUCACAGCUGAGAUGAAGCGGACUGGCAAUGAUGUUUACUGUGGUUUAACACCAGCUCAGUACUUAGAUGAAGAUUUCUCAAUGGAAGAUCGAGAUAUUGGUCAUCCAAAGCAAGUAACUCGGAAGUGUAACUCUUUUAAAGCAACGUUAUGGUUAUGCGAUGAAUUUCCACUUAGUUUACAGGAACAGAUCUUGCCAAUUGUUGAUUUAAUGGCAGUUAGUAAUACGCAUUUCGCUCGAUUGAAAAAUUUUAUUCAGCUCCAGUUGCCGGCGGGGUUCCCGGUUAAGAUUGAAAUUCCACUGUUUCAUUUAGUCAGUGCCCGAAUAACAUUUUCAAACAUCAAUAAACCUGGACCACAGGUGUUUGUCAAAGAGCCGGAGAAUACGGUACUAUUGGUUUUAAGCGAAUUGAUCACUUUUGAGAACAAGACAUUCGACAUUCCGAUCCAUUACCGGUCUGAGUUAAACGAAGCUUUUUCGGGGAUUUACGAGGGAGCUGCAGGAUACGCUCCGGCGAACGGUUAUAUUCCGUCGAGAAGAUAUAUACCAGAAGACGAGCUUUAUUUGCAAUUUGCUCUUGAACAAAGUAUGCGGGAAGCCGCCGGUCUUGCACCCAACAGUAGUGGAGAAAUUUCUGCUGUUGUGUGUAAUAAUGCUGAAGGUGAUAUGGAUCCCGAAUUGGCAUUCGCUAUAGCAGAGAGUUUGCGAAGUUUGCAGCCUGGAGCUGGUCAAAACGUUUUAUCUUAUUCUAAUCUUUCUCAGGAUGAGGAAUUAAAUAAGGCCCUACAGCUUUCUAAGAAGGAAGAAGAGGAAAGGGCACGAUUACAACGUGAGCAAGACGAAGAGUUAGAACGUGUUUUAGCGUUGUCACUCAUAGAAAAGUAA